UUCUCUAAAAACAACAAAAAAACAAUACCCAAGCAUAAAUGGGUCCUAAUGUGAAAAAAUGGCUACUAGCUCAAUCACUCGCCAUAGCAGUUGUGUUCGUAACAGGGCUGAUUGUUCUUUCCUUCCAAGACGAGCAUUUCAACGCCAAAAACUGUUUUCAACGAGUGGUCAGAAGUUUAUCAACAAAUUGGUUCGGUCAAAACUGUGGCGGUGGCAUCGACUGGAGGUUCCAUCGAGUAGAAGAACUGACUAUGGAACAAAUCAUCGCCUAUGUGGAAUGGUCCAAUAGCUCGUCGUGUCGUCUAUCGCACGAUUUCGGCGGCAACGUCAUUUUCACGGCCGGUGUGGACGGCCAAAAAGCCGUUUGCUUAGAUCCGGCCGUCAGACCUGAAAGAGCAAGUGGAGCUUGGCCUCCAGUGACGAAGAAGGAGUUCAGCGAAUGUCUAGUCUAUUCAUUUGGCAUCAAAAACGAGUGGUCGUUUGACGAAGCGAUGGAAGCAUUGGGAUGUCGCGUUUACGCCUUUGAUCCUUCCAUGAAUCGCAGCAGACACGACCACACCUCGAAAAUUCAUUUCUACGAUCUGGGAUUAAGCGAUCGCGACGAGCAGAGAUUGGAUUCGAAAACAAACUGGACGAUGAAAUCACUGGACUCCAUUUACCACAAUUUACUUGGACACGGAGGUCAAAUCAUUGAUUACUUAAAGAUCGACAUUGAAGGAGACGAGUGGAUCGUCUUGCCACAAAUUCUCUCUUCUGGCAUGAUGGAUCACGUCAGGCAAAUGGGCGUCGAAAUACAUUUGCUUCCGCCAACUGGAAGCCACACGCUGGACGAAGUUCAAGGGAACAUCAAGACGCUCAAAUCGUUGGAAGAUUACGGACUGGUCCGUUUCGAUUCGAAAUUCAAUCCCUGGUCCAAUGAUUUGAAAAUGAUUGACGACGCUGAAUGGUGGGGCUACGACGCCUACGAACUCGUCUGGUACAAUUCCAAACUGGCCCGUACAGGUCGCGAAAUGUAACGGCUGUAUAUAGCAAGACAACAA